ACUAAAUUAUUAACUCAAUUAUAUAUAAUUGACGUAAUAACUUAUAUUAUAGCGCCGUAGCCGCUAAUUUAUUCAUUUUCCGGGCGUCAUGUGGAACUGUUUGAGAAACUUUGUCACUUCGUUUUGUACCGAAAGUUCGGUUCAUGGCGUCAAGUAUCUAAUUAAGGAUAAAAAUAUACUUUCGAGAUGCUACUGGUGUGUGAUGCUCAUCUUCGCCCUCUACUGCUGCGGCCAGUUCUCCAUGCUUCUCUCGGCCCGUUUCCUGGAGAUACCCAUCAGAAUGAUCAUCAAGAACGGCCAGGCCCUCACCGAGAAGCUGCCUUUGCCUUCAAUCACUUUCUGCUCUGAAAAACCCACUGAUCAGUGGUAUGAAAAGUUUUUGGAUGAAGUGAAAAUUCCUCCCGAAUACACCAGAGAAGCAGUAUUGGAAGCCAUGCGUCUGGGCGUCAGUAAUCUGACUCCACUGUAUAUCCAGGAUCAACAGCCACUGAACGUCACACUGAUGAAUAUGCUGGACCAUGUCUUGGAUUAUAAUCACAUUACGACUCGCGAAUUCGUCUCGCGCGUGUCUGUGCCCUGUGACGUGUUGUUGAGUCGUUGUGAACUCAGAGGCGUGAUAGCGCCGUGCGCGGAUCUUUUCCGACGUGUCAAUGGACAGUGUUGCCGGUUCUUUGAUGAUCCAGAAACGUUCGUGUCAUCAGGAAACGUCUUCAGCAACAAUCUGAAGGUCGUAACCACCAUGGACUACGGUGAUGCUUACGUCAUGGUCCACAGGCCACUGUCAGAGCCGCUGAUAGACCAGUCAUCGUUCACGAUGGCCAAUGGAUACUAUAUCAUGUUUUAUAUAGAUCCGGUAAGGAUUGAGAAGUCGGAGGAAGUUCAUGAAAUGGAGGAGGAAGCAGGAGUAUGCGCCCACCCCGACGAGCGGGACCUGCGUUUCUUCGACUCGUAUGACUACUUCAACUGUGCAGUGGAAUGGAUCAUCAACGCCAGCAUGGCUGUGUGCGGCUGCGCGGCCACGUAUACACCUGCGCCUGAUCAGUACACUUGCAAUUUUACUGGGAUGAAUUGUUUGAGAAAGUAUUCUAGUCUCAACAGGAUGACCUACGGCCUCCCAAUCCAGGAAUAUUUUUCUGAAAUGGCGGCGGCGAAAGGUAUACAGAUGCAGACCUGUCCCGAAGUGUGUACGUACAUGCAUUACACAAGGAAUUUCAAGCCCAGGAUACUGGUGCCGGAAUAUGACUGCACGGGGUUUUUAACUGGAGUGGAUCCUAAGAACGCGUACGUCGUGCAUUUCACAUACGAAAGACAGUUCUAUAAAAUACAAGAGUUCGUCCUGAUCACCGAUUGGAUAACAUUACUAAGUAACCUAGGUGGCGUCUACGGUCUCUUCCUAGGAUGCAGCAUGCUCACUCUAGUCGAACUCGUGUUCUAUCUCUGGACCCGCGUCGUCAGCAAAAUGUGCGAGAACCGUGUCCAAACUUCAGUGGAGAAUACUGAUCAUACCCGCAAAAUAUCGGUGGAGAAAACUAGUCAUACCCGCAAAAUAUCGGUGGAGAAAACUGGUCAUACCCGCAAAAUAUCGGUGGAGAAAACUGAUCAAAACAGCGAAAUAUCGGUGGAGAAAAUUCGUCAGCAAGAAUUGCCGGAGCCGUUACAAUUCUAUAACUGAUUUGUUAUGCCUGAAAAUACAUAGUUUAUUUAAUAUGGAAUGCAGUAAACUAUACCUACCUACUCAUAUUCACCGACAUUUUAAUAGUUUGGAUAUGUCGGCCUGACACCUCAGUUUUCUAUAGAAAUCAUCACUGAUCACCCGUCAUAGAAAACGAUUAUGAGUCAGACGCCUCGGCCCGGACCCGGACCAUACUAGUGUAGUAGUCAUCUUUAAGGGAUGACUCACGCUAGACCGGGCUGAGGCGUCCGACAUGUCACUUUCUAUGACGGCUGAUCGGUGAUCACGUGGUGCUUUCCAUAGAAAACUAAGCGCUGGAAGCUCCGGCCCGGACCCGGAUCAUACUAGCGUGAGUCAUCUUUAAGGUUACAUUCGGAUGGCGAUUGCAGCCGCAUUCAGUGUUGCCAACUUGGCAUUAAUGAUGCCAGAUCUGGCAUAUUUUCACUCGCUUUGGCACCAAAAUAUUCCAUUUAGCAUCUGGCAUAUUUUUUAGCAUAAUCUAGUCUAAGCCACGUUUGCACCAAAUUGGCAGCAACAAUAUGCAGCAUCGCCUUAUGUGGUUCAUAUUUUCAUAUGAAUUUUAACUUUCGUGGACGAAUGGACGUCGACGGACUAUAUAAAGUUGGUCAAGCAUUUCUUGUCAGUAGAAAAAGGCGGCAAAUUUGAAAAAUGUAUGUGUUUUAAGUGUCUAAUUUCAAGUGAAAAAAUUUUGGCAUCAUUUUAGCAUAAUCUAGACAUUAUUCUAGCAUUUUUUCAAAAUUCGAGUUGGCAACACUGGCCGCAUUACUGUUGCAGUGUUAUUACUGCUGUAGGGCUCAUUUAGAGGAUGCAAGAACUCGCAUGCGAGUUUAAUUGCGAGUACAUUGCGGUUUUUGAUCGGUAACCAACAGUCCGCAAUGUAACUAAAAUCUAUAUCAGCCCUACAGCGUUGAACGGGCAUUGCCAUUGUCAACCGCCUUUUAUUUUGCCAUUGCGUUUGUGUCGUCGAAUUUGUACCCUCUAAGUUAGCUAAUUAACAAAUCUCUGUACCCGCUACGCCAUUGUAACACCUUAGUUUAAUAUAAAGCUGGGAAAUAGCUCCAAUCUCACAAUGAAGUCUGCAGCAAUAUUGCACAACGUGUCUCUCGGAUUAACAAAAUUAACUAGAGAUUGAAUUUUCGUUGCACGAAGACAAAUUUAUUUAAUUAAUUAAGAACUAACGUAAGCUGAACUGGUUUUAAAAAUUAUUUGUUAGUGCUACUAAAUUCAGAUAUAAUCAAGUAGAUAUUAAUAGAAAAUACUCAAGCUUGCAAUUCGUUUGUUCUGUGAUUUUUUACGGUAUUACGCUCUAAAAUAAAAAAUAAAUAUUAAUGGACAGGGAAUUAAAACGCACUUACCGCUGACCUCAAAAAAGUACACAAUAAACUGCAUAUAAACGGAUAAAAGUAAACCAAAAAUGAUCUGAAUUUAUCGAAUACUUAUUGUAACUCACGAUCACAAAAAAGCUAUAAUAUUUUUUUCUCAAACAUGCACUGAAAUAUUGAUGUUAUGUUCCUUAUAAUAGGCUGCGAAGUAUGGCGUUUCAGGUGCGGCUAGGACAUGAGGUCGUUAAUGGAAUUUCAUACAAAUCUUGCAGGCCUAGGCCGGCAAAGUCCUCUUUUUUAAUUUUCAUUUCACAGAUAUUUGUGACACACCAUCGUGGCAUUCAGCCAUUAAAGUGGUAACACACUGUCGCACCCAUGGGUGAGAGCGAGAAAGAGAUAUCUGUUUCGCAUUCUCGCUCUCACUUAUGGGUGCGACGCUACAGGGUCGCGGUGCGAGGCGAUGGUGUUUUACCACUUAAAAA